AUGCAGAAAGAAAUAACAAUGGCACCACCAAUACGAUCCAUCACCGCUACUGCCACCGCGCUUCUGCUUGUGAUAGGAGCCCAUGCGGCGGAAAACGCGCCCUGUUACUUCCCCGGUGAAGUACACGCUUUGGGGUACUACCCCUGCCAACCGUUCGGCGCCGAGAUAUCGCUCUGCUGUCCCCAGGGGUGGACGUGCUUCAGCAACGCGCUGUGUAUCGCGACGACGGAGACGAAGAGUUUUCCGAAUAUUACUCUGGGGGAGGUGCAGAGGGGGGCUUGUACGAGUCCGGGGUGGAAUAAUGCCCUUUGCGGGGGCGUUUGCUUGACGGGUGAUAACAUAUACGGGAAGCUGGCUGCUUGUACUCAGGAGACGUUUUGUUGCGAGGAUGAUUACAAGAAGGGGAAAUGUACCUGUGAGGAAGGGGGUGGAAGCUUUGAGAUUAAGAGGGGAAUGGGGAGCAAAAUUAUUGAGGUUGACAGUGAGACUUUUUCUGGGACGGCGACGGUGAUAAUUGCGGAGCCGGUGACGAGUUUUGUUUCGGAUGCUACGACCACGACUGGGACGGCGACGAGUAUGGGGGAGAGUUCGGUGAGUAACACUGCCGAUGGGGCUACUACCACGCCGACUUCGACGGAGCCAGCCGAGGUUGUGGAGGGGGGUGGUGGGCUGUCUAAGGGGGCGACGAUUGGGAUUGGAGUUGGGGCUGGCGUUGCUGGGCUGUUGAUCUUGGGAGCGUUGGCGUUUUUUGUGAUGAGGUGGAGACGGAAGAAUAGCCAGAUGAUUGGGACGAAUAAUGGUGGGAAGGUGACGGAGGAUCCUAUUGAGAGUCAUCAGUAUGGGGUUACUUAUGGACAUGCUUAUGGGGAGCAACCCUAG